UGAGAUUUUCUGGAUGAAACCUCUGCCUCGUUUUUGAAACACGGCACUUAUUUUUUUCAAAUCGUGUUUUGUUGGUUGGUGAAAAAUUAUAAAUUUCGAUCUUCCCAUCAUAAGACGCUACAAAUUCAGUGGACAGUUAGCACCCUCUUGUGGCCAAACAAUGAUUAGCUCCCAAAAGACAAACGUUCGGAAUUAAAAUCCAUAUUUACAUUUGAUUUAAUUUCAUGGAAAUACGUGAAAAAAUGUAAGACUGUAAACGAGUUGUCUUUCACCACCAGCAAAGUAUAUCAAACUUUAAUCACGUAAAAAUACAGUACUAAUUAAACUGUGUGCUGGAUGUUUUACGGUACAGCCCAUUUCGAGGGACAAGCAAAGACAUCUGAAUUCGGCCGUGGCCGUUGGUGAUCUAUUUUCUGGCUCACACGACUCAAAUAAAUUCUUAAAAAUUUGAAAUAAAUGACUGUCAAUGAUAAAAGCAUCCUAAAUCAUCCAUUUAAAUAUCAAAAUAGGUCCAGAUAAAAGUUUAGAUACAGUAGCGUCAUCAGAUUGACGGUUCACACUUCUGGACAUUAGGUGGCAGUAAAAGGCCAUUUUUUUUCUCACUGUUAUACUUAUCUAACUUAGAGUCAUAUUUGUAAAACUGAAAAUAUUAUGUUGAAUUCUAAAAAUAAGGACGAAUAUGUUCAAUCUAAAUCCCAAACAGCAUUUUAAUAAGGACAAUACUGUAUAUCGAACCCGGAUAUUCUGUGUUGAACUCGGGAAAUGUAGUUUUGUUUCCGUGUAUUCUUUAUAUGAAUUUACGUACGCUCACUUCAGCUUCACAAGUGGCAGAUGGUUCUCGCUGCGUACUUAACGCACACUCGUCUUGAGUUUAGUGCGUAGUGAUUCCGCUACCUUCUGAAGGCUGUUGGGGGUAAACCUACGCGUUCUCAUCAGUUCCCUUUGGUACCUGUCGGCCUAUUAAUCUCCUACACGUUUGUCCCAAAUGUCUGCGACGUGUUCGGGGAGCGGAGAACGCGCAGCCCACGCAAGGGAAGUUCCUUUUGGCCGCAGCGCAACGCGGGAACAACUUAACCUCUCGAUGGAUGUGAAAAGUUAGCGCCGCCACGACAAAGACGGGGGACUCCUUUGCCCUUCGCUUAGACUUGAGUGGAACCGAGCAGAGUCCCAGUGAAAUGAGUGCGUCUGCGACUCAACGUCUCAUUUUUUAACACGCAGCCGUCCAUGGAAUGAAGAUGCACUGGCAAAUAUGAUUCAUGCCGCUAUUGAUUGUUUGCAACCGUCUGCGUGGACCAGGAGACUGAUGUCGAUGGCCUGGAUGAACCCGGCCAUUCUUCCAAGAGGCGGCGACAGUGAACGCGGUAUAUUUCUCAAAGAGGAGGACCAAGCAUGAGCCUGCACAGACUGAUGAGACAUGUGCGAAGGUACGCGGGACGAAUGAAGAGUGGCACUCUGGAGAGAGGUCAAAAAUCAACAAGAAAGACAAUUAAUUAUAAGGCACCGCUGUGACGGAGCGACGGACUGACGUGUCUGCGAACUCCCACGAAGCCUGGCUACUUGAGACCGGAAGCUUCGAGACUGCAAAACGGUGCUUCCGACAACCCCUUCUUCUCCAACCGCUCGUCCGUUGCUGGCACUGUGGCGAUGGGGAGCUCGGCCUCGUCCCUCACCGCAGAGACAGAGUCGGACCGUGGCUUUCGCGGCAACCCCUACCCGUCGUCUCCCCCGGUGGGCUGGCUCAGGACCAGUCACAGCAGCCCAGUGUGGGGCGGCGCGUUCAUCACGCGCCAGCAGCAACAGCAACUUGCUGUGCGGCCUCACCGAGAGCGCAGCCACUCUCACUCUCCUGGCUCCAUGGCAGCUGCAGUGCGAGGCAGUGAGUGGUCAUGUGGACGCUGCACCUUCUUAAAUGUCAGCGGAGCCCCUCGCUGUUCCAUCUGUGAGGCGCCUCGCCAGAAACCUGACCUGAACCAGAUCCUUCGCCUGAGUAGUAGCGAGGAGCACCGCUGGGCUUGCCCCCGCUGUACCCUCAACAACCCUCAGGGAUCGAGAGCCUGCUCCGUCUGCGGCUUCGGAUCAUCCUCCACCACACCGGCGCCCGCCAUCACGACCGUUGCUGCCACCUCAAACGGUCUGCCCCCCGCUCCUACAACCGAACCCCCGACGCCCACCCUCACACCCGCGGUGCUUUCAGAGCCCCAAGGACAGGUUCCUGUGAAGGAGGACAUGCUGAGAAGGUCAGAGAGCAACGGAGAAGUGGGUGGCAUGGAGCAGCAGCAGCGGUCGGGCUGGGCUUGCCCUCGCUGCACGCUUCACAAUACGCCCGUUGCAAUGUCCUGCUCAGCCUGCGGCGGCCCCAGGAAACUGUCGUUACCCAAAAUCCCCCCCGAGGCCUUGGUGGUACCGGAGGUUCGCACUCCUGUACUGGGGUUUCCUGUGGCCUCGGCAGGGACCGCCCCUCUAGUCAUUGACCUAACUGAUGACUCACCCCCAGCUCCGCCGUGCGAACCCCAAGACCCUGGCCCCGUGCCGUCCUCCACCUUCAGUGCUUUUUCCUCCCUCCAGAACAACCCCGUGCCACGGAGUAGGAGAGAGGUGCCUCCGACAGGCCGACCGACAAACCAAGUCCCUAACAGCCCAAGUCCCACCUCGCCUCCAAGUGCCAGCGUCCUCCCGCAGCCUGGCCCCCAGCGACCUGCCAAACCCAAGCACGCCCAACCCCAGGAGCCCUCGUACCCCAGCAAGCGCCUCAGUAUCUUAGAAGAAGAAGAGCCUCCAAAGAAUCAGCAGGCUAUUCACCACCCUUCCUCAGGAGCCCCUACCUGGAAGUGCCCAGGCUGCUCUUUAGCUAACCCGGGCGGCUCGUCGAAAUGCGAAAGCUGCCGCUCGUCGCGGGCCGGUGCCGACUUAAUCGAUUUGGGUUGCGAGACGGUGCGCUUCACCCCGGCCAGCCCUUCCAGCCCGGACUUUAGCACCUGGGCCUGCUCCAAGUGCACCCUGCGCAACCCCACCGGUGCCCCAAAGUGCUCCGCCUGCGGGUCGUCCAAGCUGCACGGCUUUCAGGAGCAGCAGGCGUCCCUGCUUCGCUGCUGCGCGUACUGCGGCCAGGUCCCAUCUGGGCCCGGCGCGGCAUGCUCCUGCGCGCCUCCCUCUGCUUCAUCCUCCACGGGUCAUAAAACACGGAAACAGGGCAGGGGCUAUUCCUGCUCAUCUUCAGCCACCGCUUCUUCGAGUCCCGCCUCUUCCGCGAGCGUCUCGUCGAGCCUUCACGAGAGGCCCGGCCAGUGGAGUUGCCCGGCAUGUACGCUGCUCAAUGACGUGAAGGCCAAGAACUGCGCCGCAUGCCACACACCCCAGCAGUACCUCACCCUUCGCAAGGUGAUCAAGCCUCUGAAGAGGAGAGAGAGCAUGCAUGUGGAGGCCCGGCGGCGAAAUGAUGAGGGUGAAGCCAAGGAGCUGUGGGAGAACAUUGUUAGCUUCUGCAGAGAGAACACGGUGAACUUUGUGGACGACAGUUUCCCCCCGGGACCUCGUUCGGUAGGCUUCCCCGAGGGCGACAGCGUCCAGCAGCGAAUCAAAAAGUGGCUCCGCCCCCACGAGAUCAAAUGCAGCAACUUCAAAGACCGAGGCGUCAAGUGGUCCGUUUUCCGCACACCGCGACCUUCUGACAUCCUUCAGGGGCUGCUGGGAAACUGCUGGUUCCUCAGCGCUCUGGCCGUGUUGGCCGAGCGUCCCGAGCUGGUGGAGAGGGUGAUGAUCACCAGGACGAUUUGCACCGAGGGGGCCUACCAAGUCCGCUUAUGCAAAGACGGGACGUGGACGACGGUGCUGGUGGACGACAUGCUGCCCUGCGACGACUACGGUUUCCUCCUCUUCUCCCAGGCCCAGCGGAAGCAGCUGUGGGUGGCACUGAUCGAGAAGGCCCUGGCCAAACUCCACGGCUCCUACUUUGCCUUGCAGGCGGGGCGCGCCAUCGAGGGCUUGGCCACGUUGACUGGGGCGCCUUGCGAUUCGCUCAUGCUGCAGGUCAGCUCCACCAACCCGCGGGAGGAGCCCAUCGAUACCGACCUGAUCUGGGCCAAGAUGCUCAGCUCUAAGGAAGCGGGGUUUCUGAUGGGCGCCUCGUGUGGAGGAGGCAACAUGAAGGUAGAUGACGCUGUCUACGAGUCUCUGGGGCUGCGGCCUCGCCACGCCUACUCCAUCUUGGAUGUCCGAGAUGUCCAAGGAUACAGGUUGUUGCGACUGCGCAACCCGUGGGGUCGAUUCUCAUGGAACGGCAGCUGGUCGGACGAGUGGACGGACUGGCCUCAGCACCUGCGUCACGAGUUGAUGGCGCAUGGAAGCAGCGAGGGCGUCUUCUGGAUGGAGUACAGCGAUUUCAUCAAGUACUUUGACUCGGUGGACAUUUGUAAGAUCCACUCAGACUGGCAGGAGGUGCGGCUUCAGGGAUGCUUCCCCAGCAAAGCCAGCGGGCCGGUGACUGUCAUGGCGCUCACUGUGCUGGAGAGGACGGCGCUGGAGUUUGCUCUCUUCCAGGAGGGAAGCAGGCGCUCGGACACGGCUGACAGUCACCUGCUGGACUUGUGCAUCAUGGUGUUCCGGGCCUCCUUCGGGACCAGUAGCAAGCUGACCCUGGGCCGCCUGCUGGCGCACAGCAAGCGAGCGGUCAAGAAGUUUGUUGGCUGCGACGUCAUGCUGGAGCCCGGCGAGUAUGCCGUGGUCUGCUGCGCCUUUAACCACUGGCAGAUGAACGUGAGCGGCUCAGGAGGGCCGCCCACGCCCAUCUCCAGUCCAACCGGCGGAGCCCAGCGCCGGCCCAGUCAGGACUUCCCCGGCUACAUCCUGGCCAUCUACAGCUCCAGGCAGGUGAUGGUGGAGCAGGUGGAGGCGGCUGCCGCCACGCUGGCCGACGCCAUCAUUCUUCUGACAGAAAACAAGGGUGAAAGACACGAGGGCCGCGAGGGCAUGACGUGCUACUAUUUGACGCACGGCUGGGCGGGGCUCAUCGUGGUGGUGGAAAACCGCCACCCCAAGUACUACCUCCACGUCUCCUGCGACUGCACGGACAGCUUCAACGUGGUGUCCACGCGAGGCAGCCUCAAGACCAUCGACAGCGUGCCACCUUUACACCGGCAAGUUCUGGUGGUGCUCUCCCAGCUGGAAGGAAACGCCGGCUUCUCCAUCACGCAUCGGCUGGCUCACCGCAAAGCCGCCCAGGCCUCCCUGGGGGACUGGACGCCCACCAAAGCCACGCACAGCCCGCAGCUCACCCCGGACAUCGACGGCCUGCACCGCCCCAGGCCGCUAUGACCACCGUCCUCGGCGGCGCCCGUUUAUCCCACGGACGCUGAGGCCGCCGGAGCGCCAGGCGGGCGACGCCAGAAACGCGGACAAAGAUGUGGAAUGACGCACAUCCGAAUGUAUUGCUCAACACUGAAGCUUUCUUGCGGCCCCUCAGGAUGAACGAGGGCGGACUGGCGCCGCUCUCAAGCCCCGCUGACCGCUUGCGUGUGCGUGCGGUACAAAGCGCUGGAUGUGGACUCCCAGUGCUGUAACUACUGAGCCAUUUGCAACACUUCUUUUUUCCGCUUUCCGCCCACUCGCUAAAACAACUGGGGGGGGGGGGUGCACUGAUUGUCUCCCACCCCACUGACACGACGGUACCUAUUGAGCCAAACCUACUUGACUUUGUAUUUUUUACUUGGACCAUGCAGGUACAGGAUGGAUCUUGGGCGUUUUGCGGUGCAUGUUCCAAUGUCUUUGAAAAGUUCCCGCUCUGUCUCGAACUCAGGACCAAGCCGGUCGUGUGUCAUUUGCACCAGAGUGCAGUCAACCCCCCGCCCGUUGGCCACUUUGGUGUUCAUGUCCUUUGGCCCCAUCUUGGA